AGAUGGUACAUCGCUGAUGACCAGGGCAUGGUGUGCUCCCGGGACAGCCUGAAUUAUGCCACAGGCUGCUGCACUGGCGGCGAGCUACACUCGUGCACCAGCUGCGAGGCCAAGGACAAGUGCUGCUCGCGGUACGAGCACUGCGUUUCGUGCUGCCUCAGGCCCGAAAACAAGCCUGGGGAGAAGAUGCAGAGCAUUUUCCGCGGCCGCAACAAGCCCGAGACGGGGCACUGGUCGACCCCAUUUGAGUACUGCCAAGCGGUGUGCCGCACCACGGCGCGCAGCACGCAGCACGAGAAUGCUUUCAUCCUGGACCGCAGGUUCUGCUUCUCCAAGGUGGGGUUUGUGCCGCCGGCGCCGGCGCUGCCCAAGGAGGCCUCGUUGGUGGCGGGGGCCGCGGGCCAGAGCUGCGACGUGGCGUGCGCUGCCAAGCAGAUGACGUGCCGGGCGGAGUGGUUCCUCAGCAUCAACGACUGCAACAGCCUGCGCGCGAAGUUCAUGUGCUGUGGGAGCUGCGCUGCCGACCAAACGGAGUACCCUGGCUAUGUGGAGGGGAGUGCCCCUAAGCACCAGCAGCCGGCGUUCUGCGCCUUCUUGCCGCCGUUGGCGGCCCAGCUGCUCCCAUCCUUCAACUGCAGCCAUGCCAACGGCAGCGUGCGGCGGCUGUGCCCUUGC